CGUUGGCUGGUCUCAGUUUAUCAUUUUUAUCCAAUCCAUCGAAAUUCUACUAGUUAAUAAUGGUAUCAACAUAAAAGAGAUUAUAUUUGCUCUUGUGUAUAUUUUUGAUUAUUAUUGUUAUUAUUAAUUAUUUAUAUUGAUGUCGUUUUAAUAACGAUGGACGAGAAUAUAAUUGAGCCAGUCAUAUCGAUUGCUUCGUUUUACGCUGGACAAAGUAUAUUUAUAACAGGCGCAACAGGAUUUUUGGGUAAAGUAUACAUUGAGAAGAUACUGCGAUCUUGCCCAGAUGUUCGUGAAAUAUUUUUAUUAAUGCGUUCAAAAAAAGGAUUAAGCAUUAACGAAAGGCUUGAGAAAAUAUUAAAAUUACCGUUGUACGAUAAGCUGCGAGAAGAGCAACCUUCAAAUUUAAAAAAAUUAAUUCCGAUUUCCGGUGAUAUCAGUGAAGAGAAUUUAGGUUUGUCAGCUAUCGAUAGGCAAACACUAGCUGAAAGAGUGACUAUAGUAAUUCAUGCAGCGGCGAAUGUGAAAUUUAACAAUAGCUUAAAGUGCGCCAUUUUAAAUAAUACUAGAUCAACAAGAGAUGUUUGCAUCUUAGCCCAAAGUAUGAAGAAUCUAAUAGCACUGAUAUAUAUUAGUACGGCAUACGCGCAUAUAAAUAUUCCUGUCGUAGAAGAAAAAGUUUAUUCAUCUAUAGCCGAUUGGCGGAAAAUGAUCAAAGUAGCCGAGACAUUGGAUGAGCAUAUCUUGAAUAUCUUUGCAGCUAAAUGCUUGGAAUAUUUUCCCAAUACAUAUGUAUUCUCGAAGAAUUUAGCUGAGUCUGUAAUAGUGGAAUAUUCUUCGUCGAUACGUUGUGCAAUUAUAAGACCUUCUAUAAUAACAUCUACAAUAAGUGAUCCAAUUCCAGGGUGGAUAGAUAACUUUAAUGGUAUAAUAGGAAUACUCAUUGGCGGCGGAAAAGGAAUAUUACGAGUAUUCUAUGGUGCAAAACAUAUUAAUCCAGAUAUAGUAGUAGUAGACAUUGUCAUCAAAAGCAUAAUAAUUGUGACUUGGAAGCUUGCAUUGACUACCUUUACAUCAGAUUCUGGACCUUCCGUUUUCCAGUGUACUAAUCGUAACAAAAAAAGUUUAUCAUUUCAUGAAAUUAGCAAAAUAGGUUGUGAACUCAUAAAAGACAUACCUUUAGAGGGAGUUGUUUGGACUCCUAAUACAAUAUUUACCGAUAAUUCUAUUACACAUUAUAUAUUAACAAUAUUGUUGCAUAUAUUGCCAGCUAUGUUAAUAGAUCUAAUUUUAAAACUUAUGGGACAUCAGCCUAUGCUAGUAAGACUACACAGAAAAGUGUACGUGACUAAUCGCGUUCUGAAGCAUUUUGUGACUCAUGAAUGGAAAUUUGAAAACGAAAAUAUUUUCGAAUUAUUAAAGCUUCCAAUUUCAUCCAAGGAAAAAGAAGUGUUCUUAUAUGAUUAUGAAAAUGCUAAUCUUGAAGACUAUUACAGGGACGGUAUAAUCGGAGCUAAAUUAUAUCUUCUCCACGAGGACAUGAAUCGAUUAGAUGCAGCCAAAAAGCAUCGUAAAAAAGUGGAUCUGUUUGUUACGACGUUGAAAACUAUCAUUGUUAUUGGAAUGCUGUGGAUGAUAUAUAAAUGGAUCUGCGCUUGAAUUUUUUCAAGAUCAUAGAUUGACAUUGUCAUGUAUAAUUAUAUUAUUAAUAUAUUAUAAAUAUUAAUAAUUGAUGCGAUAUAAAGAGAAAAUAGAAACAAAAAAAAUGUUUAUAAUAUAUAUAUAAUAGAUAACAAAAUAAAUGAAUAUAAUUGUAUGCGUAUUUGAUGUAAGACGAAAGAAGAUUUAUUAUAUAUGUUUAUUUGUGUAUUAACUGUGUAUGUAUAAACUGCUUGUUCAUUACAA